AUGUCUACACCUAACAUUAUAUCAUCGUGUAAAAAUGAAGAUAAACUUAAUUCAAAUGUCGAAAUUAAAAUUCAUGGAUCACAUUUAAAUGUUCAUCGUCAUAAUAGAUCUAAAUCUUUAACUAUAAAUGAAAAAUCUUAUGAAGUUACAACUUUUCACAAGUCUUCAACGAUUUCUUUUUUACCAACGUAUGAAACUAGAUGUAAAAAUUGUAAAAAGAAUUAUUUAUCAAGUAUGGAAUCGAGUUUAAGAGGAUCGACAAAUUUAACUCUUUCACAAAGUUGUAUUUAUUAUCCUAGUGAUACUAAAAUAUCUACUAUCAGACAACAUUAUUAUCCAGAAGGUGGUUGGGGAUGGAUAAUUUGUUUGUGCUCCACUUUAGUCCAAUGCAUAAUUGGUGGUUUGUAUUUUUCUUACAGUUUCUUACUUCAUCAAAUAAUACAUCAAUUUAAUGGAGUCAAUGUUAUUCAAGCAGUUAUUCUAGGAGCAAUAUCGACUUGCGUAUCUCUUCUCGUUUCACCUGUAAUAUCCAUUCUAUGUCAUAAAAAGAGUACCAGAUUGAUUGCAAUUUUAGGAGGUUUAAUAACAAUUUUAGGAUAUUUAUUCACAUCGUUUGCUUUACAAUUUCAUCAACUGUAUUUUAGUUACGGUGUCGUUGUUGGAUGUGGAAUCAGCAUGAUUAGAGAUACGUCCACAAUCAUGAUUAGUCAAUACUUCAAGAGGAAAAGAGAACUUGUAGAAAUCAUCAUCUUUUCCGGAAUGGGUUUAGGAAUAAUUGUGAUGCCAAUAAUACAAACGGAAAGCGUAACGAAAACAAAUUGGAGAAUUGGUUUUAGUAUCAUCUCGGGUCUAAUGAUGAUAUCUUGCCUGUUGGGUAUAUUUUAUCGUUCUGCUUCACUAUAUCAUCCACAAAGAAGAGCCAUUCUUCACUUGAGGACAAUUCAGGAAACCACUUGCAAUGGUGUUAAAAAUAACAAUACUAUUUCUCUUUUAAAAUACAUUCUUGUCAGAUCGACGACAGUAAAAAUAUUACUUCUAGGAAAUAGUUUAAUCGCUUUUGGAAGUAUGGUGCCAUUUUAUAUAUUUAAUUUAGAAUUCGAAAGAAAUAAAUUAGACACGAGAAAUAAAUAUAUUCUACAGAUAUUACUUGGGAUUUCUUCAAUUUUUGGUAGUUCAUCGUUCGGAUUGAUCAUUGUCCGAAACAGUACUCAGUGUAUGAUAUCUAGACAAUAUCUUUGUCAAUUAGCAUCAUUAAUGAUCAGCUUGGCUUUCUUAGCCUUUACAGUUCUUGAAGAUUUCAACGGAUACGUAUUAUUUUCGUGUUUUUAUGGCUUUUUCUAUGGCGGAUAUUAUUAUUCCAUAAAAAUGUGUGUAUUAGAAAAAGUUCGAGCAAGAAAUUUUGUUCGAGUCUGGGGACUUAUUCAGUUGUGUCAAGCACUUCCCAUCUUUAUCGGAAUAUCGACUACAG